GGACGACCUUGGGAAAACAUUCACAAGCCAGCACUACAACAUGUACUGUACGUACAUCUUACACCUGCCUAAUAUACAUGGAUUAUGGCUUUUACAGCCUCUGACUGAGCUGUUGGAGGUUACAUGAAACAUGGAGUAAAGGGCAGAGAGUGACGAUGUAGAGAGGAUGAUAAUGAUGAUGAAGAAGAAGAAGAAAAGGGGGAGGAGGAUGACUGAGUAGUUUCUUUUUAAAAUGCAGGAGUCUCCAGAAUGAAACUAAUGUUUCUGUGAAGCAGAUGGCAUCAGCUCUGCACUCUCAGCUGGACACUUCAGCGCCCCGUUGAGUUAAUUGACUGAAACAAUGCCACCCAACAAUUCAUUUCUAAUAAAACUGCGUUGGUUGAACCGCUGGGGUGUAGAUUUAAUGUGAGAGAGAGGGAAAGGGGGAGUAAGAUGAGCUACAGUGAUUGAGAGGUACGGCUCCCAUGACGCCCACAGCUCCACAAUGACAUCACCAGCACUAAAAAGAAGCGCAAGCUGGAGAUGGGAGGCACCCCACUUAUUAUAUUUCAUCGCGAGGUCCUGUUUGCAAGUAAAGAUGCUGCUGCGCCUCUCUCAGGAAACCUGUGAUGUGCGCCAGCGGAGUGGCUGAAUCAUGACAUCCUGGUGAACUUCUGGGGAGACAGAAGUGCCGAGGACCGAGAAACAACUCCUGAGACGCACGGACUGGAGGUGUCCAGCAGGGAUGAUUUCUCCACUGAAAAACAACGUGUGUUGACUACGGUCCCCUUGCACGGACUGGACAGCUUGAGGUUAACUUUGACUUUUCUCUUCUUCGAAAUGACUGGAAACGCUUGUAUAAGCGCAGGGCAUCUUUCGCAGGGAAACAUCAGUAUCUUUUUUUACUAUGAACUACUGUAAAUAUUGUAUUACAAUAACUAUAAACACCAAUAUCUUUUUUAUUAUGAACUACUGUAAAUAUUCUAUUAUAAGAACUAUAUUUCACGUUGUCUAAAUUAUUCUGUGCUCGAGGUGCAGAUGAGACGGUCAGGAAUAGGCGCGUCUCCAAAGGAGGAUUCAGGGAGACUUUAUUCUUGCAUUCAGUGUCGCCUUGGUGUAAACUGCCCCAGAUCAUCUUAUUAUAAAUUAAAUUUUCCUAUCUUCAAAAUAUUAGUGGAUUAAUCCACUGAGAAAAAGGACCAAUCUUUGCGCGCUAAAAAAGUUCUAGUGUUUUGGGCAGUAUUACAACACUGCAAAGGUGGAUGCACAGCAAACUUCUGUUUUUCAGGGGCAAAAUCUGCUGCAUGAAGUAGUAUGGCAGUUUAAUUAAAAGGCACUGAUCCGUGUCUUUGAGAAGCCGUGACGCAUUGCCGGGGACUGUUUUGUAUGCGUAAAAUGAACUGGAAAGAACUGUCUUGGUGGACGCAAGGGAGCUAACAUUUGAAAACAUCACAAAGACAAAACGAAAAUAACCUAGACUCCUGGAGAGCUCAACCCGGCAUGGCCACGGCUCAGGACAGCGGCUGUUCCAUGGAGCUAAGCGGCUGGAACAGCACUGUAAGCAGUUCCGGAGUCUCCGUCCCCUGUAACCAGAGCGUCCUGAAGCUUGCCCCUUACUCCCCUGAAGCCACGGCGGCCUUCGCCACCGCUAUAACCUUGAUGGUUCUCUUCACCAUCAUAGGGAAUUUUAUGGUCAUUAUCGCUGUCCUGACCAGCCGGUCACUCCGAAGUCCGCAGAAUCUGUUCUUAGUGUCACUGGCCGCAGCGGACAUUUUAGUGGCCACCCUCAUCAUCCCCUUUUCUCUUGCCAAUGAACUGCUUGGUUACUGGUACUUCAAGUCUCUGUGGUGUGAGAUCUACUUAGCACUGGAUGUGCUGUUCUGCACCUCCUCCAUUGUGCACCUGUGCGCCAUCUCACUGGACCGCUACCUGUCAAUCUCCAGGGUUACUUACGGGCAUCAGCGGACUCCCAGACGCAUCAAAGCCGCAAUUGUGGUAGUGUGGCUCAUUUCUGCCGUCAUCUCCUUCCCUCCCCUGCUCUCACUGAACAAAAGUGAAGGAGGGGACCGGGGGAGUGAGAGAGGACCACAGUGCCAGCUGAACGAUGAGCGUUGGUACAUCCUUUACUCCACCAUCGGCUCCUUCUUCGCCCCGUGCCUCAUUAUGAUACUGGUCUACAUAAGAAUCUACCAAAUAGCCAAACAGAGAACUCGUUGCCCACCAGGAGAACCCCGAAAGGAUGGUGUCAAUUGUGCUACACCAAGUCAGCCUCCACGACAUGUACAAGCCAAUGGGAAGGAUAAUGAAGAAAGCACACCUCCUUCAUCCAACAAAGCCAGUGCCAGACCCCCCACCCUUGCCAUCACCCUUUCUCCAUCCCCAGGAGACUCUCAAAACUCCCACAAUCCCACAUCCAAUAAUCUUCUGCAACCUCCAUCCCCUUCCCCAGCUGUGACCUCCUUCAUAGCCUCCCCUGAUACCUCUCCCCAUGGUCCCUCGUCCCCCUCAUUUGUGCCUCCACCUUCCCCUAUCAAGACUAAAAAGGAGGAGAAGAAGAGCAAACGCCAGGGAAGGAAAAAAGCUGACAAUAACAAUGGUGACAGCUCAAGUACAGAGAGCGAUAUGGAGCACAGCCAUGGAGGAGGCCAAGGCAGCAGCAGCAUGCCAGGGUCACCUGCAGGAGGGGGAAUGCACUCACCGGCCUCAGUCCAGCGCUACAGAAACAUGAUCGCCACUUCAAAGGGGGCUCAGCUGGUGCCAGGGAGAAAGCCAAAAACAGAGAACAACCCAGGAGCAGCAAGGCGUAAAGCGAUGGUCAACAGAGAGAAACGUUUCACCUUUGUGCUGGCAGUGGUCAUUGGUGUCUUUGUGGUGUGCUGGUUCCCGUUCUUCUUCUCCUAUUCUCUACAGGCAGUGUGCCCCAAGACCUGUUCCAUUCCUGAUCCACUCUUUAAGUUUUUCUUCUGGAUCGGUUACUGCAACUCCUCCCUCAACCCAGUCAUUUACACCAUCUUCAACAAAGACUUCAGAAAGGCUUUCAAAAAGAUACUGUGCAGAAGCACCAAGGGUACUUUCUUUUAGCAUACAAAUCCACUGUUUAGAUCAUGGACACAAACAAUUGUUAUUUCUAAGGCAUAGGGGGAAAAAAACAAUCAUUUCCAGUUUUCCAAACAAUCAAAGGGCUGUUUUAAAAAUAUGUGGAACUGUGGAAAUUCCAGCAUAAAAUUCAGGACUGAGAGUCACUCUUUUACAAUGUGUGCAAACAGGCAAAUUGGGCCAAGAAUUGUGCUAUGUGCAGCUGAUACAUACAUCUUUACAGGGUAUGGGGUGAGACAGACAUGGAAUAGAGGCAGAGCUUGACUAUACAAAACUUCCUAGCACUUCAGCACUUCAGUACUACUGAUGAGAGUUUGAAUGCAGAUUACAUUUAAUAAUAGAUAAUACUAGGAGACAGAGUGGUGCAGCAUCACAGAGGAAAUGUGCACACACUCUCUCUGGGCUAUAAACCUGAGAGGUCUUAAAGAAAGUAAGAAAACUGUUGAGAAUUAACUCCCAAAUAAGAACAAAGACUGUUCGAUGUAUAAUACAUAAGGUUUUGCCGUUUUCAAGGAGAGAGACAAAAGUUAAAAGAAGGAAAAAAUGAUUUCUAUGAGCCAAUGGUCUUUCUUUUAUUGUUGCACAGCACAAUGAGCACACAAGGCUACUAGUUAUUUCUUACGUCUGCUGUCUUAAUUUUCCCAGCUGCAGGGCAAACGUGUUCUUUGAUUUUUAUCUAAAAGUACAAGAAGAAGAAAUAGUUUCUGAUUAUCUCAAAUCUGAUAGCACAGUCAACAGCUCCCUUUUAAACUUGUGGAUUUUAUGUGGAAAGCCUUCAUGCCAGACCCCUUGCCUUUGGCUUGGUAUGGGUCAUAAUGGACACUCAGGUUGUUUGUAAUGAUUUCACUUUUCAUAAAAUACAAAACAAGGAGAACAUGCGGUGGAUUUUGGACUUAAAACAAAAGCAUGUGUCUUAGUGAGAUGUACAAGUAAGACAGUGUGACCCCCUGUCAUCAGUUUAACUUGCUGUUAUUCUGCUUUUUAACUUAACCUGGACUGUCACAUCAAUGGACUUUCAGUGAACUGCUUCAGCCUUUAGACAUUUAUGUAAAAACCAAAACUGUCUUGCUUUUAUUGAAAAUGCCUCAGAAUUUAUUCACAGUAUCUAAUGGGAGUUACAUCUCUGAAGACUGAAAGGACUAGAUUUUUAUUAUUUAACAUAAACAUUAUUUUUCAGAAGCCAUGCAUCCUGAUGAGCAGCGGUACUUGUCAGGUAGACAUUUACACUGACUACAAAGGACAGAUGAACAAUGCAAUUAUGGAUGUGCAAUGUUACCCCUAAUUACCCCUACAUGGGUUAUUCUUAUAACCAUUUGGCUGAGUCACUCUUUGCCAACGCCUCUGGCACAUCAUCGCAUGCAGUGGACCUCUACAUAGCACAUUUGUUUUGUUACUGAGAGGCAAGAGGAUGGAUGGUACAUUUAUUUUUCUCACCAAGAGACUGAGGCUCUGUCAGUUUUCUCCAAAAAAAGGAAUAAAAAGAAAGAAAAUCUCUCUGUGACUGUGAACAGAACACAGGCUUAUUGACUCAAUGGGACAAGGGCUGUCAGCAGCAACACUUCAAUUUACUAAUUGUCUAGUUCUGCUGACCUGUGUGUGAGUGCGUGUGUGUGUGUGUGUGUGUGUGGAUGGCCUGGUAUUACUCAUGUUGUGGGGACAAAUAUCUGUUUACACAGUUGCAAUGUGGGGACUUGACGUCCUUAUGGGGACAAAAAGAAAGUCCCCAAAAUGUAAAUCAUUGCAGUUUAGAGUGAUGACUUGAUUUAAGGUUAUGGUGAGGUUGAGGGUAAGGUUAGGGUUAAGGUUGGGCAGGUAUUUAGGUUAGGGUUAGUGCCACUUUCUGGGAAAUGAAUGGAAGUCACUCUAAUGUCCCCCGAAGUACUAGAAAGACAACAUGUGUGUGUUUGUUUAUAUAUACCUGGAGGGAUGGAACAGUAGGAGUACACUGCUUUGUGGGGACCAGAGGCUGGGCCCUACGACUAAUUCAUCGAAUUUUACAAAAAUGGUUAGGUAAGGUAAGAUUCUUUUAAGGUUAGGGCAAGUGUCAGCUUUGCUUAAAGUUAGGUUAAGUCUCCUGGAAAUGAAUGUAAAUCUUUGUAUGGACCCUGUGGGUGAUGACUGCAAGGAUGUGUGUGUGUGUGUGUGUGCGUGCAUGCGUGUGUGUUGACUUUAAUCUUUCUCUGUAGAAAGUGUCAGUGCCUCCUCUGGCUGCAGUGUUCUACAGAUCUUAUGUAAUACUGAUAAUAGCAGAGAUCAGAUUUCCUGUUACAGGGAUCACUUUGCUGUCUGUCAUAUGAAUGUUUCAUUUGAUGGAGAUAUCAGUUGUAUAUCAUUACUAUGAGAAAGUCUUAUCAAACUAAAAGUCAGUGUUUAACAAUGGCUAUGACUACAUGGCUUUUUUGUGAUCAUCCUCAAGGGACCAAAGAGCCUUAAAGGACACCAGCCUGACAACGUUAUCUGGCUCUGUGUUGCUUUAAUGAAGUAUUACUUUAUAUUUGGUGUAUCUGACAGCAGGCAAAGACUGAACACACUGUAUUAUUUAUUUCCCUGUAUUUUGUGUUCUCUGUUUGUUACCUAUUUAUUGUUCUGUUAAUGUGCUUUUAUUCUGAAAGUUUAACAAAGUGGAGCUGAUCAAAAAAAUCAAGAACACUGUACAGAUUUUUAUUAUCUUGAAUGAGAGCAAAGUUGAUUUAUGCCAUUGAGCUCUUGCUUUGUGAGACUGAGCUAUAUUUCAGUUUUGAGGAUGUAUCUGUGUUGAAGGAACAUGAACUCAUGCACGUUCUGUUAUGUGCAUAAUUCAGAACUUGCAAUGCAACAUUUGUCAUUGUUUCACCUAGAUAUAGCACAGUAAAAUGUUCGCUCACAGGUACAAGCACAUUCAUGCUUGUAGAAGCCUGCUGAAGUAGGAAAAUUACUCUCUCUUCAUCAGAACUACUGUUGUCUAACUUUUCCUGAAAAUGUAAUCAAAUGUGAAAAUGCCAGUGGCACUGUCAGUAGCCAGUUUCAGUCGGGUGAUUUGCAGGCUUUGUGCGGGAUAUUAAGGCUACAAUCUGCAGCAUACAGAGCUGAUUGGAGAUUCAAAUAACUGAUUAAACUAAAUGGUUGCGAGUAAGGCCUCUGUGCACUUAUACAACUAUUCAUCUGAAAUGGUUACUUUCUCUUCAGAAAUACAAACUAUAGCAACACAAUUACAAUAAAAAAAUAGCCCCAGAGGUCAUGGAUUCAUGACUCCAGUAAAUUAGUUGCUGCUCCAAAUGUCUAACCAUGGCUUUAUGUGGUGAGACUGCUGCUUUGUUUUUAUUUUAAAAAGUAUGACGUUUGGCUUAAAGGUGACAGAUGCAGUAGUCUGCCUCUCGAUCGUCAUCCUUUCCCAUGAAACCAGUUGUAUUGUCUCUUCACUGACUGUGUUUGGACCAAAAUGCAUGGUCUGAGCUUUACAAUCUUCUAUACCCCAUCUGUCAUCAUCGCUCCCCAGUUUGGAAAUAAAGAUAC